UGAUAACAACCGCCAUGGACUGAGACUCUGUGUCACUCUCUUGACCUCCUAACCCAUCCUCAACUCAACCUCAUGUCGAACGUCACACAGGAAUCCACGGUCCCUCAAACAACACGCAUACCUCGACAUCGUCUACAAGGAGGCUUCCUCAUCAGCCCAGAAACGGCUCUUGAAUGGGCUUCAAGACUCGAAAAUAGGCCGGUGACAAAAUUUCUCGCGGCAUGGCAAACCAUCGACGUACGGGUCAGCCGUAUGGGUGCAAGGUUCUCAAUGGUAGGAGAGGUACUGCACGGUCAAUUCAUGGUCGUCACGCAGCAGAAGACGUUCCGCCGUGGUUACUUGGGCAUGGAUCCAUCAGAAAUGCCUCAGUUUAAGGAAGGCGCAACGGAGGCCAUCGCGCGAAAGCUGUUGGAAGAAGAAGGUAUCCAUGACCCCGUAUUUGCUACUACCUUAGACUGAUAGCACCUGCUCUGUUAUUGAUAAUUCUGAAUACGUAUUCUUUCUACAGUUCGGUGCCU